AUGAGUCUUGAAGGUGUAUCUUGGUUUACACUGCUACUUGUGCUGACAACUGCACUUUUUCUUGGGGUGCUUGCGAAGGUUGUCUCGUCCGCCAGAGUUGAUGAUCGUGAACCUCCAGUUGUCCCAUCUUCUGUACCCUUCGUCGGCCACGUCGUUGGUAUACUUCGACAUGGAGCAAGCUACUUCCGAUAUCUUGGCGUUCGCUUCCCACAUCCAAUAUUCGCUCUGCAGACACUGACAUCCAAGACCUAUGUGGUUAUUGAUCCCGGAUUGGCAGCAAGCGUACAGCGAGCAUCCAAAGCUCUAUCGUUCAAUCCUAUAAUCCCCGAAGUCACGCAACGUGUUUUAGGUCUAGACGAUCAGACUAAAAAGAUUGUAGCUACUAACAUCGAUCGAGAUGGUCCGGUGCGCGGGUUUUAUCCAGAUGUGCAGGACACUAUUUACUCCACCUUAACCCCAGGAGAUGCGCUCGAUGAAUUGAACAUGCGCGCCUACAUCGAAUUCUCGAGCAUGCUAGACUCGUACGUCGAGAAGUCCCACUCUGGAGAGAGGGGCGAAGAACUCAUGGCUUGGGUGCAACAUAUUGUCACGAUUGCAACAGCAAAAUUUCUCUAUGGUCCCAAGAACCCCAUCACGGCAGACUCAAGCCUUGAAAAGGCAUUCUGGGAUUUCGUACAUGGUAUUCCUCGUCUACUACUGAAUCUGUUUCCUGCAUAUACCGCCCGCACUGCUUACAAAGGCCGAGAAGCCCUAGCAGCGGCAUAUAUCCGUUACCUUGACCUUGGUUACGAGAAACUUGGUUCAACCAUCACUCAGGAGCGUAUUGCGGUUGGGAGAAAACAUGGCUUUACUGUCCCGAAUCUCGCACGGUCAGAGAUUUCUUUUCUCUUCGCCGGAAUCAUCAAUACCACGUUCGCCUCGUUUUGGAUAAUCCUGCACAUUUUCGCUCGCCCUCAACUUUUACGAGAGGUCAGAGCAGAACUGGAAAGCAAUGCAUUGGCCAACUACAAUGAAAGUCCGAAUAUCAGAAGUUUACAAAUAAGCAAGGUCAACAAAGCAUGCCCGUUGCUUUUAGCAGUUUUCCGCGAAACCUUGCGGCUCCACUCCGAUGUCUUGUCAUCUAGGGUCGUGACCACUGAUACCAUGCUGCAAGAUAGAUACUUCCUACGGAAAGGCUCUGUGCUGCAAAUAUCUGGUGGUAUCAUGCAUGCUGACACAAGAAUCUGGGGUGACAAUGUUCACGAGUUUCACCCUGAGCGAUUUCUCAACUCUUCAAGCGGCCAUGUCUCCUCCGGGCUUAAGCAUGAAGAGUCACGUUCUGAGAAACAAAGGUCAGUGCAUCCUGCGGCGUUUCGAGCCUUCGGUGGAGGGGCUACUUUAUGUCCGGGAAGACAUUUUGCACAAGCUGAGAUCUUAGGAUUUGUGGCAAUGGUCAUAUUAAGGUUCGACAUCGACUCUGUCGAGGGCGGCGAUUUGAAGGUGCCGGAGAAGAAAGUCGACGUAUUGCCCAUUCAUAUACUGGAGCCUAAGGAGAAGGUUCUUGUGAGUAUGAGCGAUCGAACUGAUUGGAGUCAAGUUCAGUGGAGAAUUGCACCCUAA